AUGAUUAUAGUUGGUUUGAAUGGUUCUGGUAAGAGUAAUUUAUUAUUGGCAAUAAAUUUUGUUUUAUGUCAUGAUCUAAUUGGAUAUUCACAUUCUGAUUACCUUUUUAAAGGUGAUCAUUAUUCUAAUUCUAAUGAAACUUUUGUUGAAAUUAUAUUCAUUACUAAUAAUAUAUUAUCUUACCUACCCGGUACGGUGCUUGGUCACACGGCUACUAAUAGUACUAAGGAUAUUACAGCUGUACCUAGUACUAAGGAUGGUACCGUUGGAGCAAGCACCGUUACUAAGGGAAAGGGAGCUAAUUUUACAGCCACGGAGUGUAAUAGGGAAAGGGAGCUAAAUGACACUUUUGGUACUUCGGGAAAGGGAGCUAAUUUUACAGCCAUGGAGUGUACUUCCGGAAAGGGAGCUAAUUUUACAGCCACCGAGUGUACUAUGGAUAUUAAUACUAAGGAAGCCCCUUUCGGGGCUGGUACUAAGGAUAUUACUACUGUUGGAACUGGUGCCCGUGGUACUGACACCGUAACGAAAAUAAUAUUAAAACGUAUAAUAAAAGAUAAUAAUGAAAUAUAUUUAAUAAACAAUAAUCAAUUAAAUUUAAAUAAUUAUAAACAAUUUAUUAACAAUAUAAUAAAUUCUAAUAAUUUAAUUAAUAAUAUAAUGAAUAAUAAUAUAAUGAAUAAUAUAUUGAAUAAAGAAUUAAUAAUAAUAUAUAAUGAAAUGAUUGGAUAUAAUAAAUAUAAUAAGAAUAUAAAUGAAAGUAAGAAAUUAAUUAAUGAAAUUGAGAAAUUAAUAAAUGAAUUAGAAAUUAAUUUUGAUAAAAUUUCUAAAAAAAUUAAUUUUAUUAAUUUUGAUAAUAUUAAAUUUAAUUAUUGGAAACAAUUAAAUUUACAAAAAAAAAUACUACAAUCUAAUCUUAUACAAUUGAAAAUUAAUCAUCUAGAAAAUCAAUUAGUGAAUUUACAGGGGAAUUCGGGUAAUUCAGGGGUUACAAAGGGGAAUUUAGUGAAUUUACAGAAUUCAGGGGUUACAGAGGGGAAUUUAGUGAAUUUACAAGGUAAUUCAAGGGUUACAGAGGGGAAUUUAGAGGAUUCAGAGGAAAAUUUGGAAAUUCUGAAAAAUUCAGUAAACUUAGUAAAUUCAUUGAAAAAUUCAGUAAACUUAGUAAAUUCAUUGAAAAAUUCAGUAAACUUAGUAAAUCCAGGGGUUUCAUCAGUAAAUACAGUCAAUUCACUGGAAUCUUCAGUAAACUCAGUCAAUUCACUGGAAAAUUCAGUAAACUUAGUAAAUCCAGGGGUUUCAUCAGUAAAUACAGUCAAUUCACUGGAAUCUUCAGUAAACUCAGUCAAUUCACUGGAAAAUUCAGUAAACUUAGUAAAUCCAGGGGUUUCAUUAGUAAAAUCACCGGAACGGAUAGAAAAAAAAAUAAAUUUGUUAGUUAAAAAUAUAAAAAUUUUAAAAGAAAAAAAUUUAAUGAUGAAAAAUUUAAAAUUGUUACAAGAAAAUUUGGAAGAAAAUAUAAAAGAAAUUUUUAAUGAAAUUAAUGAAAUAAAUAAAGAAAAAAAUUUAUUAAUACAAAACAAUAAAUUAUUACAAUACAAAAUUUUUAAUAUUAAUAAUUUUAUACAAAUUACUCAAUCCGUUACGGUGCCCGUUACGGUGCUUGGUCAAACAGAUACUAUUCCUCCUCCUAACAGUAGUACUACUGAAGUUACUAGAUCCAAUGUACUUACUCAACCUACUGGAGUUACUAGAUCCAAUUGUCCCAAUGGACCUAAUGGACCUCCUAUAACUACUGAAGUUAUUAGAUCCAAUGGUCCUCCUCUAACUACUGAAGUUACUAGAUCCAAUGUACUUACACAACCUACUGAAGUUACUAGAUCCAAUGGACCCAAUGGACCUAAUGUACUUCCUGAACCUAAUGGACUUACACAACCUAGUGGAGUUACUGUACCUAGUGGACUUACUCAACCUACUGAAGUUACUGUACCUCCGGAACUUACUAAAGAAUCUUCCCAACUCAAAAUAUUAUCGGAUGAUAUAAAAAAGUUAAUGAAAGAUAUAAAAAAUUUGGAAACAAUACGAGAAAAUCAUUUGAAAGAAUUGAAUAAGUAUAAAGAAAAUUUGGAAGAAAUAAUAGAAACAAAACGUCUAAAACAAAAGGAAAUAUCAAUUUUAAUGAUGAAAUUACAGAAAAUUAAAGUAAAUUUAACAAACAGUCAAGAAAACUUUAAACACACAACUAAUAAUCAGACAUUUUAUAUAUUAAAACAAUUUAUUAAUCAAUUUCAAGAAUUGGAAGAUGAGAUAAUAUUAUUGAUAGAUAUAAUAGAGAUAAAAGAAGAGUAUAGAAUAGCAAUAGAACAAGUCUUGGGAGCAAAAUUAUUUACAAUAAUUGUUUCGAAAAUGGAAAUUGCUAAACAAUUCAUUCAAUUUAUACAAAAUCUUUUUCUAACACAUUUUAUUUUCAUUAUAUCAUUAGACAAUUUUAUUUCCUCCGUUACGGUGACUGGUCCAACUGCCAAUAAGGGUACUGGUAAUAAGGGUACUGCCAAUAAGGGUACUGCCAAUAAGGGUACUAUGGAUACUACCAGUACAGAUACUGAAGAUAGUAUGGAUACUCUAAUAGAUACUGAAGAUACUGUAAUGGAUACUAAGGAUAAUAUGGAAGUCCAUUUUGGGGCUGGUAAGAAUAAUGGUACAGUUGGACCAAGCACCGUAACGGAAGACACCGUAACGGAGGAAAUAAAAUUAAUAGAUUGUAUAGAAUAUAAUGAAAUGAAAAAGAUAAAAAUUGAAGAAAUGAAAUUAAUAAUGAAAAUGUUAUUAAAAGAUUUUAAUUUAGUUUCAAAUUCUCAAAUUGCAUUAAAAUUAUUAACAAAGAAUCAAAAUUCUGUUAUACCAACUGGUGAAAUUGUAUCCAACAUUUCAGUUACGGUGCUCGGUACAACGGCACCAAUUCCCCCCAAAAGGGUCUUAUAUUAUAAUAAUGGAAUAGUAACGGGUGGUUAUAUUAAUAUAUCAAAUUCAAUUCUUACAAAUUAUUAUAAAAUGAAGAAUAUGGAAAAAGAUUAUAAUAAAAUAGAAAUGAAAAUAAAAGAAUUGAAUAAAGAAUUAGAAGAAAUAAAUAAAAAACAAGAAGAAAUAAAAUUAAAUUAUUCACAAAUUAAAGAUAAAUAUAAUCAAUCAAUUAAUCAAUACAAUUCAUUACAUAUUACACUUAAUAAUUUACAACAACACCGUUACGGUGACUGGUACUACUAUAGACUACUAGACUUAUUAAUUAUUACUAGUUCUACUAGACUAAUAAUUGAACGGAUGAGUUUGGAGAGGAAUGAAGAAUUGAAUUUGGAGAGGAAUGAGGAAUUGAAUAUGAAAUUAACGAAUUUAAAAUUGGAGAAGAAAGAUUUAAUAAAUUCAAUAUUAACAAAUACACAAUUAAUAACACAAUAUGAUACACAAAUUAAUGAAUUAAAACAAAAUAUUCAAAAUUUAAAAUCUAAACAAAUUAACAUUAAUGAACAAUUUUUACAAUAUAAUUUACAAAAUUCAAAUGUAAGAAGUUACGGUGCUUGCUCACACAGCUCCCAAUCCACUACUAAACCUCUAAUUAUUCUAGUUACAGAAGAGAUAAUGAUGGAAAUAAUGAGAUUAGAAAAUGAGUUGAAACAAUUACAAAAUCAAUUAAUUGAAGAAAAUAAUAAAAUCACAUCAAACAAUUAUUUAAUCAAUUCUUUAACUAUAAGUAUAAAUGAAUAUAAAAAUGAAUUGAAUUGUUUUGAUACAAAAAUAUUAGAAAUGAUGAAGAAUAAUUUUAUUACACAACAUGACAUUAUUCUUGAUAAAUUAUCUAAAAUCAAUUUGGUAUCUCCCAUUACGGUGCUUGAAUGUGAUGGUAUGGAAUAUAUGAAUAAAAUUGAUAUAAAAGAAUAUGAAACAUUAAAAAAUGAGUUUCAACAAUUACAAGAACAAAAAAAUCAUAUACUAAAUUCAAAACAACAAAUUCUAUAUUCAAUACAUAAAUUGAAGAAAACUAAAGAAGAAAAUUUAAUGGAAAUGAUUGAGAAAAUGAAUAAUGAAUUAUUAAAAAUAUUUCAAUAUUUUGUACCAAAUGAGAAUAUGAAUGAAAAGUUUAAUGGAUUAGAUAUUAAAGUUUCAUUUAAUAAUACAAAUGAAACUAAUAUUAAUUUACUCUCUGGAGGACAAAAGAGUUUGAUAUUAUUAACAUUUAUAUUGGCAUUGAAUAAAUUAAGACCGGCACCAUUUUAUUUAUUAGAUGAAGUUGAUUCUGCACUUGAUGAACAUUAUCGAUUAAAACUUGCUAAAUUCUUAUCUACAAUGAAUACACAAAUUAUUCUAACUACCUUUAAAGAAGAAUUAUUAAUGCCAUCUGAAGUAUUUUAUGAAAUAAAAAAUGAAAAUGGAAUAAGUUAUUCAAAAGAAAUUACACUUAGUAAAGCAAUAGAAAUUAUUCAAAAUUGUAAUAUAAAGAUGAAUUGGGAACCACCUAAAAAUAUUGAUAUAUUAUAUAAUAUACAUAAAAAUAGAACAACACAUAUUAAAAAACCAUUUCAUUAUAAACAAUUUCCAUAUCAAUAUAAAAAUUAUUAUUAUUAUCAAUAUACCAAUACAAACAAAGAAUUGGAAUUAAAUGAAUUGAAUAAUAAUGAAAUAAUUGAUAUAGAAUUAAAUACAAAACCAAAAUUAAAUUUACAAAAUUCUACAAAUAAAAAUAUUAAACAAAAAAUUUUUAAUCAUCAAUUAUAUUUUUAUGAAGAUUUUAUUGAAUAUAAUAUUAUUAAAGAUUAUUGUAAAUUAUUUAAUAAAUCAUUUAAUAUACCAAGACAAGAUUGGGCUUCACCUUAUCAUUUCUUUUUAAAAUCUAUUCCUAUCAAUAAUACUCAUACUGUUACUAAUAAUAAGGGAAAUAUUACUGGUACUGUAGACCCUACUACCCUUGGUACUAAUACACUUGAUCCUACUACUCAAGAUUCUAAUACCCUUAACCCUAAUACCCUUAACAAUACUACCCAUAAUACUGAAAUAGAUUGGAAUAUAAAUGAAUUAAGAUAUAUAGAUGAUAUAAAGAAGAAAGAAUUAUUGAAUGGUGAGAUACCACAAUUAUUUGAUAGAAGUGGAUUAAUAAGAUUAAAACAAAAGAAAGAUUGUUGGAUUUCAUAUCAUAAUUUAAAAAAUUAUGCACUUAUGAUUGAUAGUGUUACUAAAUGUCCAUUAUUAAUUGUACAAUCUAAAAAAUUUCUACAACAAGGUUGGUAUGAUAUGUCCACUAAUACUAAGGGUACUGGAAAGGGAGCUAAUUUUAUGGGUACAGAGUGUACUAUGGGAAAGGGAGCUAAUUUUAUGGGUAUGGAGUGUACUUCCGGAAAGGGAGCUAAUUUUACAGCCAUGGAGUGUACUAUGGGAAAGGGAGCUAAUUUUAUGGGUACCGAGUGUACUACAGGAAAGGGAACCCCUUUCGGGGAUAAGGUAGCCCCUUUCGGGGCUGGUACUAAGGGAGUUGGUGAGGGAACUGUUGCUGUUGGACCAAGCACCGUUACGGUGGAUAUGUCAAAAUAUAAUGUAAAAAAAGAAAUAAUAGAAGAAAUGAAAAGAAUAUUAAAAGAAAAAAAAGAGAAAAAAGAAGAAGAAUUACCAGAUGUAACAAAAUUAUUUAAAUCGAAAAGUUAUGGUAUUAAUGAAAAUUGUUAUACUAUUGGUGGUGGUAGAUAUCAUAUCUAA